AUGACUUUGGAAACAGAAUUACUAUGUGGUGGUAGUUCAUCUUGCGAGGGUGAUUUUAAAUACAUGGCUUCUCUUCAGGUUUGUGGUAAAAGUGUCUGUGGUGGUGGCAUUUUAAAUGACUAUCACAUACUGACUGUUGCUCACUGUGUGUGCGACAAAAGUGGCAAAUUUACCGGGGAAUACUUCAAAAUUUUCGCUGGGAAAACUGACUUGUCGAUUAAAAAAGUUGGAGUGGAAGUUGAAAUUGAAAAAGUAUACGUGCACAAAGGUUAUCUCCCAGAUCGAUUAAUAGAUGAUAUCGCAAUACUGAAAGUUAAAAGAAGCUUGAAUAUUGCUCAGAAUCCAGAUUUGACUGCCUUAAAUCUGCCAAAUAUAGAUGUUAAUUAUUUAACGAAUUACGUGAAUAAGCCAGCCAUAAUAUCAGGUUAUGGAUGGGAUUGGAUUACUGUUAAAUAUGACGAAAAAAAACAAAAGUCAAUAGAAGUUGGUGGGGCAUAUCGUAGCGUUUUGAAAUACGCAAUCACAAAUGUCAUAAGUAAUAAAGUGUGUGCAGAAAAAAAUCCACACACAGUACUUACCGAUACACUCAUCUGUGCCCAAACUGUCCAAAGAUAUAUCACUGUUCCAGAAGGAGUUUGUUCAGGAGAUAGCGGUGGUCCAUUAGUCGCUGAUAAUAACACUGUAAUUGGUAUCUUGAGCUCAAGUCCAUUUGGAUGUGACGAGUCCAAACAAGCUGCAGUAUACACUAGAGUUGGACCUUACGUCGAUUUCAUCCUGGAUGCCAUGAACAAUAGAAUAAACGACGACACAAUAGUUUAUGAAGUAAAGGAAUCUAUAAUGAACAUUAUUUUAGAUAAUCUCAGAAAUUGUUACACCAAGUAUUUAAGCAAUGGAGUUUUUUUUAAUCAUUAUAACAAAGAAAACGAUAGAAAUUAUUAUACGCAAGACUAA